CCCACACUCCGCCACCUGUGCUGCAGCUCCGCCGGCCGCGGCCGCCACCACCCAGCCUCCAUGGCCGACCAGCUGAGCGAGGAACAGGUGGCCGAGUUCAAGGAGGCCUUCUGCCUGUUUGACAGGGACGGGGACGGCGUCAUCACCACCCAGGAGCUGGGCACCGUCAUGCGCUCCCUGGGCCAGAACCCCACGGAGGCCGAGCUGCGCGACAUGGUAAGCGAGAUCGACCGCGACGGCAACGGCACCGUGGACUUCCCCGAGUUCCUGGGCGUGAUGGCCAGGCAGCUGAAGGGCAGGGACAGCGAGGACCAGAUCCGCGAGGCCUUCCGCGUCUUCGACAAGGACGGCAACGGCCUGGUGAGCGCCGCUGAGCUGCGGCACGUGAUGACCAGGCUGGGGGAGAAGCUGAGCGACGAGGAGGUGGACGAGAUGAUCCGGGCCGCGGACGUGGACGGGGACGGGCAGGUGAACUACGAGGAGUUCGUCCACAUGCUGGUCUCCAAGUGAGGAGCCCGGCCUGGCACUGUGGCCCACACACCCGGCCGCCAGGCUUUGCUGCGCGAACCCGGGGCCGGCCCUGCUCCCCGCAACCCUCCGGCCCCUCUGGGCUCCGCAGCUUCUCCGUUCCAGGUGAUUCCGCCCAUCUUUGUGCACCUCCCUUUGUCGCCUUUUUCCUGCCACCCCUCCCCCGCUCUUCCCAGCCGGGCCACGCCUUCCCCAAGCCCAGGGACACCAGGUGCUUCUGCCACUCAGGAGCAGCAGCGACAUCACUCUGCCUGGACAGUGAACUGAGGACCAGGGCAGUCCCACCGGCCAGGCACCUGGGGAGGUGCAGGGGGACAUCACAGAGCCCUGGGCUGGACCCCUGCGGGGCACUCAGCACUGGGGCCCGGUCCCUAGCCCCCAGAGCCAGGGGAAGGGUUCCGGAGCCUCCGUGACCUGAGGGCACCAUGUGCCGCUGGACUGGGGCAGGUGGGAGGGACCUGGUCUGGGCGAGGGGGCCGCUGGAGAUGUCGGCACUUGAGAUCAGGCUUCCCCGAGAAAGAGAACCCCCUUUCCGCGGGUGCUCGAUUGUCUGAUUCAUCCUUUGCCGCUUGGAAUAAAUCCGGGGUCAGUUGUAACACGUUUGCGUUCAGCUUCAAGGCGGGAAAUUGGAGCAGGAGGGAGAGGGAAGCGCGGGGGAGUAAUAAAAUGCUCGUGUUCCC